AUGCUCGCUGCUAGACCUCUACUCUUGUCUGGAUCACGGAAGAACAUUGGCUCAGGUUUUGACACUCGUGUUUGGAGUGACCCUUGGAUAUCGUCUAUCCCGGCGCGCCCAGCUCUGAGUAAGCUUGAUAAUACGGAUCCAAACCUCUUUGUGAACGCUCUAAUCGAUCCUGUCUCCAAAUCUUGGAAGGUUGAGUUACUUCAUGAGCUGAUCCAGCCCGAAGAUAUACCCCGCAUCCUAGGGCUACAUCCGAGUUCGAAAUUCUCGAGAGAUGCUUAUGUUUGGACUCACACAAAAUCUGGUAACUACUCUGUUAAAUCAGGAUAUUUGGCUGCUUCUGCAAGCCGUCGAGGGGAUUGUGGCCUCCCUUUUCAGGGGCCGAGUGUUUCUGCACUCCAGGCACAGUCAUGGAAGAUCCCAACCUCGAGAAAGAUUAAACAUUUUCUCUGGCAAUCUGUUUCAGGUUGCUUGGUGACCUGCCAACGUUUAGUGAACCGUCAUUUGGCUACUGAUCGUUUGUGCCCCCGUUGUGGGAUGGAAGAGGAAUCUAUUAAUCAUGUUCUUUUUGAAUGCCCUCCUGCAUUUCAAGUCUGGUCCCUCUCCCAGAUCCCUUUUAUUCAGGGAGUGUUCCCCUCCUCUUCACUUUUUGUGAAUAUCGAUCAUCUUUUCUGGAGAGCAAGAGAACUUGGAGGAAGAGAGGAAUCCAUCAGGAUUUUCCCAUGGAUCUUGUGGUUCAUCUGGAAGGCUAGGAACUCUAAAGUCUUCGAGAAUAAAGACGUCCAUCCAGCCGACACUCUCCAGCUUGCAAUGAAAGAAGCAGACUCCUUCCGUACGGCUAGAGUGAAAGACUCGUUUCUGGAGUCUGCACCACCUCUUGUUCCCUUGGAGGUUCCGGUCCCCGUACCAGGUUCUAUUGUUUGUCAAGUUGAUGGAUCUUGGGCUUUGUCGAGCACUUUAUCGGGAAUUGGUUGGGUUGCUAAUUCUGGUCAGGACAUCAUUCACCUUGGUUUAAAGGGUUUUAGAAGUUGUCAAUUACCCCUUCACGCAGAAUUUGAGGCGCUUCUUUGGGAAAUGCGGUCCCUUAUCUCUUUAUCCUUGUUCCACGUUGACUUUCAGACGGAUUCUUUGGAGCUAUCACAGCUACUAGACACUCCGGAUGAGUGGCCUGCUUUUUCUUUGGAGUUAGAAUAUAUUAGUAUGCUGAAACUCUCGUUCUUCUUUUUCUUUGUCUUUUAUUUCACGCUGUCAUAA